CACAGCAUCACACAGCAACACCAUCUGUUACCAUUCACAUUUGGAGUCAUCUGCCCCGCUGGACUGACGGGUGCUGGGUUUCAGGGCGGGUACUGGCGGGGAAAGCUGGGAGGUGGCUCGGACACCUCCUGCAUCCCGUUGGGCUGUGUGUGGAGCUGGGGCGGAGGGGCAGCGGGUAUUUCUGAUUUACCGAACAGCAUCAGCAGCAUUCCGAUGGCUCUGUCCGCUCAGUGAGGAGAGGAGAGGAGAGGAGAGGAUGCAAAAGAGGGAGAGGCGCAGACAGACACGGUGAUGCGCUGACACAUGGCCGCCUGCACCGCCUGCACCGCCUGCACGCUCUGACUGCGGCUCCCGCUUCAUUCACCGGGAACAGGGAGGCUCCAGCUGGCAUGCUGAGAGACGCUGCUCGGAGGCUGCAAGCUGCCGCAACCACCCAUCACCAUCAAGCACUUACAAACGAGCUGUGAUCAGACCGGGAAGCUGAGCCUGCUGAUCGGAUAGCUUGAUCAUCAUACAGCCUUUCGCGAGCCUGAGGACUUUUGUUCCUGCCGAGCCGCCGUAGCGAUGGGAGACAACAUGUCCAAGCGGCUGAAGCUCAUCUCGGCUACCGAGGCGGAGAUGGAGGAGCGCUCUUUCCCAAACCCCUACCCUGACUGGGACCAAGGAGUCCUCACCUCCAACUCCGUGGAAGAUGAACACAUCAAUGAGCCGUUUGAUGCAGAAGGAAAGGUUACUGCAGCAUUCCAGAGGAAGGUCCAAAAUAAGAUCAAAGAUCUCCUCCAGCAGAUGGAGGAGGGCUUAAAGACCGCUGACCCCCAUGACUUCUCCACUUACACCGGCUGGACAGGCAUUGCCUUGCUGUACCUUCAGCUGCACAGGGCCUCCCACGACGCCUCCCACUUGCAACGGGCACUAGACUAUGUGAAGAGGGCCAUGAGGAUACUGAAUGGUCGCAAAGUGACUUUUCUGUGCGGGGAUGCAGGGCCACUGGCCGUGGGUGCUGUGGUGCACUACAAACUGAAUAACACUGCUGACAGCAAAGACUGCCUUUCCAGGCUUCUUCAACUGCAGCGGUCCGUGCUGAGUCCAGACUCUGAGAUGCCAGAUGAGCUGCUGUAUGGCCGAGCCGGCUACCUUUUCGCUCUGCUCUACAUUAACAAAGAGAUAGGAGCUGAUACUGUGGAUGAGAGCACUAUUACAAAGGUGGCGACAGCGAUUGUGGAGUCGGGCAAGAACAUGUCAGCAGAGCAGAAGAAGACCGAUCGCUGUCCUCUGCUCUAUGAAUGGCACAAGAAGCAGUACAUCGGCGCUGCCCACGGUCUGGCUGGCAUCUAUUGCAUGCUCAUGCAGCCUGCAGCAAAGGUCCAUCCAGACAUGCUUUCAGAGCUGGUUCGUCCCAGCAUCGACUAUGUCCGCCACAAGAAGUUUCGUUCGGGGAACUUUCCAUCAUCCCUGAGCAACGAGAGUGACAGGCUGGUUCACUGGUGCCAUGGAGCUCCUGGUGUCAUCCAUAUGCUUAUUAUGGCCCAUAAGGUGUUUAAAGAGGAGAAGUACUUGAAGGAGGCUGCAGAAUGUGCUGAGGUGAUCUGGCAGCGGGGCCUGCUCAGAAAAGGUUAUGGUAUCUGCCAUGGCACUGCUGGCAACGGUUACGCCUUCUUGUCCCUUUACAAGCUCACCCAAGAGAAGAAAUACCUGUACCGCGCCUGCAAGUUUGCUGAGUGGUGCUUGGACUAUGGGACCCAUGGCUGUCGUAUCCCAGACAGACCAUAUUCUCUUUUCGAAGGCAUGGCCGGGACCAUCCACUACCUGUCAGAGAUGGCAAAGCCUGAAGCCUCCUGUUUCCCUGCUUUUGAACUCUGACCUGUCAACAGAAGAUACUGAAGGUGAUGAAGGGGGAUGAAGGGGGAUGAAGGGGAAGAACAGUAUUUCCAAGUCAACUUGACUGGAACAUUGAAGAAGGAUGUACUUUGAUACAACUUUCAGCGUCGGUCAUAAGCAGUGACUGAAUAUUUGUUGGGUUAAAUACCUUGUUUGAUUUUUAAGCUUGAAAACAUUAAAAAGGGAAAGAUAAGUUUGGCCAAAACCACAGGCUGAUUUAAGGUAGUUUGAAGAGGACCGUUUGAAGAGGACCGUCUUGAUGGGUCUUUCUCAUGUUGAAGAUGAACACUUGUCCUGUGGGACCUGUCAGAUCUUCCCUCAGCUCUGAGGUGUCCUCUGGUGUGUAAAGGUGAAGACAUGGACUCCAGCCUCCCUUCUCACCCAGCUGAAUUUAUUGCCAGCUGGUGUGGACACAGAAGAACGCUCCAUAAGCCCUCAGCCUUUCAAAUUGUAGCACUUAGGCCGGCAGAGGUGUGUGUGUGUGUGUGUGUGUGUGCGUGCGUGUGUGUGUUUGACGUGAAUUAAAGCUGUUUUGGUAUUUCUAUGCCUCUGCAUGCUCACUGUUAUUGGCUCUUUGUGCCUCAUUUCGUGUCACUAUAGUGAUUCUUCUUCCUAUAUUUUGAUGUGUUGUUUAAGUUCUCUAAGUACUUGUCACAUAGUGAGAGAAAUAUCUCUAUCAUCUUUUUUUUCAUCACAGUGUUUUCCCCUAGGGUGACUGCUUUGGGGGGACGAUGAUGUGGGGGAGUACUGCAGUACUCUUUUUUCCUCCUCUGUUUACUGGUGAAGCUCCCCAUUCAAAAUCCCUUGUUUGUAUAAUUCUACAAUUUCAUUUAGUAGAUGCUUUUAUCCAAAUAUCUGUACACGGCACUGGCUCAGUAAAUAGGAAACAAAGCUGCCUGGACCGAUCCACAAACUGCAUUUUUGGGCUUGUACACAAGACGGGAAGAAAGGGAAGGAGAUGAAAGAAGGGGGGGAAAAGGAACAGUGAGAGCGAGAGGAAUUGUAAAGCUGGCGCACGUGCUCUAAAUAUGCUAAUUAGCUAAAUGUUCACUGUUGGAGGGGUCAGGCUACCAAACCAAGGCAGUACUAGAGGAAACACUGCAUUAACAAGUAUCAACUAGCAUAGUGUUAGUUUUGUUUACUGACUAACAUAUCUGCUGUAAAGUCAAACUUCAAAUUCAGUGCUCUUUAGUUGUUGUGUGAGGAAAUUCAUGCUCUAAUGAUACUGCAGUGGGAACAAGUUUCCCAUGGCAGUGGUAGAUGUACAUCUGACAAGUCUUGCUAAGAGAGUCAGCUUCCAUGCUGUGCCUCAGACCAGAGGUUGCACUGACCUUAUGUAACCCACCCUUUUCUUAUUUGUUGCAUUUCCUGUUUGUCAUCUGGUUAAUGUUAUGUUCACUUCCAGUCCAAACUCUGGGUCCUAAUCAGGUCACACAGAACCUACGUCCAUAUUCAUGAAGAGGUCUUAUGUUCUAACACCACCACGUUCACUAUACAGCUUGUUGCUCUUUCAUGGAUUCAGUUGUGGAGACUGUGUCCAGACUGUCAAAACCAAGUCUCCAAGAACGGCGCUUGGCUUUGAAUUAAUAUCGAUGUAGUGGCCAAAUUGCUUUACAAUAUUUUCAGUGUUCAUCGCAUGAUGCCCAGUGGCACUAAAAGCAAUUUCACCACAAUCUUGACCAUUACAAACCACACAUAAUGACCUUUUAUGACCAGACACUGGAGUCAGCUCUCUACCAACACAACUCUGACAAGAUCAGGGGCUAAGUUUUGGUAAUAUCUGCUGAAACCCGUUCAGGCCUGCUUGUUAGCUCGCCUCUAGCAUGUACUUGUUUCAGCUGAAGCAUAAAUGAAGUUGUACAUAUCACACAUGGAUGUGGGCAUAAUAUAUUAUGUGACACAUUAUUGUUUCAGUAAUUUAGGGGAGACCAGAACAAAACUAGGAUGAGUUUGUUGUCUGAGUACACAGCUGUUGGUUGUGGCAUUCAACCUUCCCUACCACAUGUACAUUGUUGUUUUAUUUCCCAGCUUCAGCAUGGUUCCUCCCCUCAUCUAAACCUACACCUGCUACUACUUCUUGAAAAAGGCAUAAAACAGGUCCCUUUGUAACUGACAGACUUAAGUGUGAAUUGGAAAUCUGCCUGCAUAACAAAAAUCGUAUGUAUUGCCCAAUAAACAGUGAACAAAAAUAGAAAUGCAGCAUGCGUGGGUUCUUUUCUAACUUAGAGAAAACGGGUCCUCACACACCCACGACGUCAGGACAUGGUGCACGCCAAGGUGUGGCGUACGGUGGGGUUGUGACACAAAAAUGAAGGUGUGGAGACAUAGCUGACUAAUUUCAAGGAUUAUAUUAAAUCACAAACUUUGUAUAACUGGUGCGUGCCAACAUAGAGUUUUUUCAAAGUUACAAUGUGCUUUAUAAGGAGGCAAAAUGACACAGACAAGUCUUAGAAAAAUACUAAAGCUCAAAUUGGUGUUUAUAAAAGAGGACAAAAUAUAGAGUGUCCCAGAAAAUUUGACAUCAUUUCAUCACCUAAUAAUAGAGCUUAUCUUAAUGAGAGUCUUUUAAAUAAGUCACUUUUACUAAUUUCAGUUAAAGAAUGUGUUAAUUACUGCUCAAGAUUAAAAUAGUUUGUAAAAGAGAUUUAUUUUUUGCUCUCUGCAAAUCAUAUUUAGUUUUUUACCGCCCACUUUGAAUGGAUAUACACAUUGAGUAUUACCAUGACAAAACCACUAUUCAUAAUGCAGGGUAGGAUGUCGUCCUGCUAGGCAUGGAGUCAGUUUCGUGAAAUAUUUUGUUUAGCGAUGUAUGAACCACUAUUCAUUCACUCUGUAUGUUACACAGCUACCAUCUGCAAAACUCGGUAAUAUUUUUUUCAGAUUAUACAUUUACGCAAUUGGCAACAUUGCUACACAACUGAAUAGCCUGCUAGCCACUUAGUUUUUCCAACUUCUUGGCAAUUCAAAAUUAAAAUUUUUAAGAAUCUACACUAAAACAUUUUCAUAAAAACUGUACAGUUUCCCAGCAAAAAUGAGAAUAAAAAUAUUGAAUAUAUUGAAAAAAUAUAAAUAAGAGCAUGGCUCAUUGUUGAAGUAAAAAUUGAGAUUAAACACGUUGGAGAUCAUGGCAGUUCCCUACAGUAAUGAGUGGACAUUCAGCUGACUAGUGAAUGUACACAGAGUUAUGUAGAGACUAGAUGUAUCAUCGGGCUGAGAGCCUAAAAUCUCUGGUUUGGUAUAGCUUGUCCCAUAAUACGCCACACAGUGAAUUGUGUAUUCUUUAUGCAACUGUAUGUACCUAAGUGUAAUGUCUGUACCAUGUUUCAGAACAUAUACCAUUACACUCCCAGUUUCACUUUUUAGUUCUCAAUAAAAAUCUUGUCUUUUAAGUGAUUAAUUGAGCAUCAUGGUCCCAGCAUUUUUCAAAAUCCGACUCCUCACAGUUGAUGGGUUUAGGUCACGGCCUGUGUGGUGCAGACAUGGACUUCUAAUGAUACCUGUACAGUUCUAUCCCGACAGCACAUGAAUGCACAUGUAAUGCCUAAUUCCUUAGCAGAGCUCUCAUAAUGAAUGUCAUUGCAUGAGGAUAAUGUCACAUGUAAAAAUGUCUGUGUUUGUCUGUCCACGUGUUUCCAGAUUCAGUGGUCCCAAUUUGUUUGAUGGUGAUUUGUAUCCUGAGGACUCUGGGUGUUAGAGAAGACGUGUUUAAUGUUUGACAUUUGUUCCUGUGUAUACAUUUGGUUUGCCCUCAAACUUACUGGUAUUGAAAAAGUAGUGUGUGUUUCUUUUUCGUCAUUAAACUUGUGGGCUUCAUUGAUGGAGCAGUGACAUGUAAGGUGUCUUAUGUGUGAUUAACCUGCUGUAAGUGGUUUCAAAAUGGUAAAAUUCAUGCAAGUUUUGGUAUUCCUCAAAUAAAAAUGAUAAUUGAGCUCCUAUAA